AUGCAAUGCUAUACAGAGCUGCUGCUCCCAUCAGGAGUAACACACGCUGCUUCUGCUCAUUUUAUAUCAGCAAAUUCCAAUAAUCUCAUAGUAGCGAAGACCUCUUUGCUGCAGGUAUUCUCAUUGGUUAAUGUUACCUAUGGCUCAACAACAGGCACACAACCAGACCAGAAAGGUCGACAUGACCGUUCACAACAUGCAAAGUUGGUCUUAGCAGCAGAAUAUGAGGUACCGGGUACCAUUACAGGCCUUCAGAGAGUCAGAAUUUCGAACUCUAAAAGUGGCGGAGAUGCAAUCCUUGUCUCUAGCCGGGAUGCGAAGCUCAGUUUGAUAGAGUGGGAUCCGGAGAAACAUGGGAUAAGUACUAUCUCAAUCCAUUACUAUGAAGGCGAGGAGAGCCAUAUGAGCCCGUGGGUACCUGAUCUGGGGAGUUGUUCUUCCGGUUUAACGGUGGAUCCUAAUGGAAACUGUGCAAUCUUUAAUUUUGGAAUCCACAGUUUAGCCAUUUUACCCUUUCACCAAGCUGGGGAUGAUCUCGUCAUGGAUGAUUAUGAUGCCACACCGAAUGGUGAUGAUUCCACAGACAUGGUUAGUGAUGCCCAAAAAUCGGCACCUGGAAACACAUCACACGAUAAGCCGUACGCACCUUCGUUUGUACUGCCUAUGACGGCACUGGAUCCAGCCUUAACUCAUCCAAUUCAUAUGGAGUUUUUGCAUGAAUACAGAGAGCCAACAUUUGGAAUUCUCUAUUCUCAAGUUGCCAGAUCGACUUCCUUAACUAUCGACCGGAAGGACGUUGUAUCAUAUUCCAUCUUUACCCUGGAUCUGCAGCAAAAGGCUUCUACCUCACUCCUCACUGUCUCCCGUUUGCCGAGUGACGUAUUCAAAAUUGUACCGCUUCCUCCUCCAGUUGGUGGAGCGUUGUUAAUCGGAACCAAUGAGCUCGUACACGUUGACCAAGCAGGUAAAACAAAUGCUGUGGGGGUGAACGAGUUUGCCAGGCAGGCUUCCGCAUUCUCAAUGGCUGACCAGUCAGACCUUGAAAUGAGACUUGAAGGCUGCAUUGUUGAACAGCUAGGGAGUGGCACAGGAGAUGUCCUACUGAUUUUAGCAGAUGGAAGGAUGUCAAUCUUGUCGUUCAAAGUGGACGGAAGGUCCGUUUCUGGAAUCUCACUCCAUUUUGUUGCAGAGCAGUCGGGUGGCUCGAUAACGAAAGCAAGGCCCUCGUGUUCUGCUAGCCUUGGACGCAAUAAACUGUUUUACGGAAGCGAAGAAGGAGACUCUGUUCUUCUCGGUUGGUCGAGACCUUCAUCUACAACCAAGAGACCCUCUAAAUCAGUCGAUGGAGUGGAUGAAAACGGAGCAGCCGAUCUCUCUGACGAGGCGGACCAGGACGAUGAUGGUGACGAUGACGACAUGUAUGAGGAUGACCUUUAUUCGGUCAACCCUGCCAGUACCCGUCAGGAAAAGCAAGUUGUCAAUGGAGACAGUCCGGCCGAUUUUACUUUUCGAGCGUAUGACAGACUUUGGAGCCUUGGUCCGUAUAGGGAUAUCACACUUGGAAAACCAUCCAAAUCAAAAUCCAAGGAUCAACAAGACAGUGUGCCUGAAAUAGCUGCUCCGCUUGAAUUAGUAGCAGCUCGAGGAUUUGGAAAAUCUGGCGGUCUCACCGUUCUCAAACGAGAGGUAGACCCAUAUACGAUUGAUUCCCUCAAGAUGGACGAUGUGUAUGGAGUGUGGUCCAUCCGCGUCGUAGAUCCCAAAUCCAAAGAUACUGGGCUAUCCAGGAGCUAUGACAAAUACUUACUUCUCGCAAAGUCUAAAGGUGAAGACAAGGAAGAGUCAGUCGUAUACUCAGUUGGAAGCAGCGGCCUGGACUCAAUAGAUGCUCCAGAGUUUAAUCCUAAUGAAGAUUGCACCAUCGACAUAGGGACACUCGCUACUGGCACCAGAGUUGUUCAGGUAUUACGGACAGAAAUCCGAAGUUAUGACUACAAUCUUGGAUUAGCCCAAAUAUACCCCGUCUGGGAUGAGGAUACAAGCGAAGAGCGUACUGUUAUUCAGGCAAGCUUCGCAGAACCCUACCUGCUGACUAUUCGUGACGACCACUCUCUCUUGAUCCUACAGACGGAUAAGAAUGGGGAUCUGGACGAGGUUGAAGUACAAGGCUCAGCAGCCUCCGGAAAGUGGAUUUCCGGCUGUUUGUACGAAGAUAAAAUGAAUAUAUUUUUCCCUGACUCUGACAUUGAAAAUGAGGCGGGCCUUAAUAUACUACUGUUCUUACUAGAUGGUGAUGGGAACCUUUCCAUAUUCCGGCUCCCGAAUACUUCGGAGCCAUUAUGCCGUGUCGAUAACUUGAAUCUUUUGCCAACAAAUUUACCAUAUGAAUCCUCUUCAAGACGACCUGUGAAUCGAGAGACAUUAACCGAACUCUUAAUUGCAGACCUUGGAGAUGCUAUCCACAAAUCUCCCUAUAUGAUCGUAUGUCCUAACUGGUCCAGCAAUUUUUGUUACAAGUUCCUGUCUAACUUCUAA